GAGAGAGAGAGGUUUUCACAAAGUGUUUGGCAAAGUCCCUCUCAGUCCGGCACAGCCUCUCAAGAGGGAGUCAAGAGGGACUGGUUCUCACUGAUCAGGAUACUUGUUCCACAUUUCCCUGUACAGAGUGCUGGUUUGGCACCAGAGUGGAUACGUAUACAAAGACUACACUCAGAAAAAAAGCUGCAGCAGACUUCUGUGUGAAUUCUUUCCUGCGUGUGUGUGACCAUGCGUGGUGUGUGUGUGUUCUUUUUGGCGUGCAUCCUGACGCUAUCCCUCGCCAUGCCAGGCAGGCAGGACCCGUUUCUCUGGCUGUCCGCCCUGCAUGGUCGCGGUUACGCCGAGGGCUCCCUAUUGGCCGACACCACCGGGGGGGAGUGUCCUGAGGAGUGUGACUGCCCGCCCUCCUUCCCCAUCGCUAUGUACUGUGACGGGCGGGGCUUGACAACCAUGCCCACCGUGCCCUCCAGGAUGAAGUACCUGUACCUGCAGCACAACGAGAUCACCGCCCUGCCAGACUCCGCCUUGGCCAACGCCACCAACCUAGUCUGGGUCAUGUUGCAUCACAACGCGCUGUCUACGGACAAAAUCGGCAAGAGGGCUUUUGCCAAGCUGCAGGGGUUGGAGCGUCUGUACCUUCAACAUAACAACCUGACUGGUGUUCCCCCCAACCUGCCACACUCACUACGGGACCUCAGACUCAACAACAACAACAUCAACAAGAUAAUGCCAGAGGCCCUGGAGGGCAUGGACAACCUGACCAUCCUGUAUCUCCAUGACAACGCUCUGACGGAGAUGGGCACGUCUCUUAGGGGGUUGAACUCACUCACACUGCUCGACGUCAGCGGCAACAAGCUGAAGAAGGUUCCAGACAGCCUCCCAGAGCGCAUCCACCAGCUGUACCUGGAGUCUAAUGCCAUUAGCGCUGUCCCAGAGGGAUUCCUCAGUAAGUUCUCCCAGCUGCAGUACAUCCGCAUGGGCCACAACCAGCUGACGGACAAGGGCAUCCCCCCCAACACCUUCAACGUGACUGGCCUGGUGGAGCUGGACCUCAGCUUUAACCAGCUGGAGAGGAUCCCCCUCGUCAGCCAGACGCUGGAGCACCUCUACCUGCAGGCCAACCACAUUAAAGAGUUUACCCUGGGUAGUUUCUGUAGUGCCGUGGACGUGAUGAACUUCUCCAAACUGAGGACGGUGCGUCUGGAUGGGAAUGAGAUCAGCACCGGGGAUGUCCCCUCCAACUCAGUCCUUUGUCUGCGCUUGGCCAACACCAUCGAGGUGUAACACUCCCAUCUCACCACCGGGCUGCAGUACCAUCGAGGUGUAACACCACCAGAAUGCAGCAUUUCCACUACACAUCUGCAACCCUAUUUCCCGAACAGAGGGCAGCAGUCUGAUUGUCACUAGUUACCACAGCCCCAAAGUCAUAAUUAUGGCUAAACCCCCACCUAUUUCUAUCAUAUAUAAGCCAUUUAGCAGACGCUGCUAUCCAAAAUGACUUGCAGUCAUGCAUGUCUUUGACAGGAAUUGAACCCACAAUUCUGGCGUUGCAAGCACCAUGCUCUACCAACUGAGCUACAAUUUCUCCUCCUAUAAUC